AUGCAAUCUGACUUUAGCUGGAUGGUUCCCAUUGAAAUGAUGUUGGGUUCUCUAAGUCAUGGAGAAAUUCAAGCAUGCAGCAUUUCCAACAUUCCAGACGAACUUCGAGAAGAAAACGAAGAUGCUUACAAACCAAAACACAUCUCCAUAGGUCCCUUACAUAGAGGAGCCACAAGACACCUUCAAUUAAUGGAAGAACCAAAAAGGCAUUACAUGCUUGAGUUUCUUGAACGGCAAGGAACAGAACCGGAACAAAAUAGAAAUCCUGAAAUAAGGUUAAGAGAAUGUGGCUUUGACAUUCUCAAGUUGGAUAGAUUGAUUUGUUCUAGUUAUGGUGGAAGUAACAACAUGAUUGUCGACGAAAUAGAAUUUCACGAAAUCGCUCAAAUAAUGAUAGUAGAUGGCUGUUUUCUGUUGGAGCUUCUCAUUAGGCUUGGGGGUUACAUGGAAAACCAAUCAAUAACUUCUUAUAAAAGCGACCGAAUCCUUAAAACCGAGGAAAAGGUGUUGUCGGUUUUAAACGAUAUAGCCAUGCUUGAGAAUCAAAUUCCAUUCAUUGUUCUUAAGAAGUUAUAUAGAAAAGUGUUUCCUGAUGGAAGUGAGAUCAAAGAUGAUCAUCGUGUGGCUAAUGUUGUUCGUAAGGCCUUUGGUUAUCCAAUGACGAGUAGCUCAGGAGGUGCUCAUAUACUUCAUUUGAUGCAUCUGUCUACUGUGGAACAAAACCAACAACAUGAAGGGAAAAAGGCGAGGCUAGAAUUAUUGUGCUGUGCUACAAAGCUUCGUGCUUCUGGGGUAACAAUUCGAGCUAAGUUAAAUAGCUCAAAUCAAAAUCAACAUAAGUUGGUGGAUAUGUUUGAUUUUGGAAUAAGUUUUAGUGAUUCUGGAGAGUUGGAAAUUCCACCGUUACAUGUUAAGGAAACAACAGAAUGGAAAAAGGGGGUUAUUGUGAAUGAGUUGAAAAAGAGCAGUGAUGAUUUGUUGCUACUAUUUCGCACCAUUUCCAAUGGAGCUGAACAUAUGGAUAUGAGUUAUAGUGAAAUUUGUGAAAGGUUGAAUGUGUAUGACUACAAAGGAAUGAAGGUUAAUAAAGUGUUGCAGAAAUUACAUAUACAAACUUGGCAUCAAUGUAGGUAUAUUUUUGAGAUAGUUGUGUACUAUGCGCGAAACUGGUACAACAUUUUGAUAUGUGACCAAAUUCCUACGGUAUGGAAAUUCAUAAGAAUUAUGGAAGCUGUUAUACUCCUUGUUCUCACCAUCAUGCAGACAUAUUACUCAUCCCGCAGUGGCUAA